CUUAAGUAAAGUUAUUCAAUCUACUCUUUCACAUUAUUAAUAUAAAAAAAAGUGACAUGAAGAACCGACCGAAAGAUUAUUAAAUUUUUUUUUUGUUUAAGCAAAAAAAAAAACUGAAAAUGUUAUCCAUUUUACCAUCUACUGAAAUGGAUUGCCAAAAACUGGAACAGUCUUCAUAAUAUUAUUUAACGAGUUCGAUAAAAUGGCGCACAUGGCGCCAUACCGGCUGUCAGGGCCGGCUUUGGAGCCACCACCAAGUGCAAAGAAACGACGAAAAAAUGCAAGCAAUAGUGCAGCUGCAGCGGCUGCAAUAGCAACUCCACAACAACCUCCGCCUACAAUGCAAGAUCUUUUACCCCCCGCACCAACUGGAUACGGUGAUACGGUUGUCGCGAGUAAUCCAUUCGACGAUACACCUGUUGUACAAAAUACAAAUAGUAUGAUGUCGGCGGCACACCAUAACAUGAUGCGUGGAAUGGGACCCCCACCAGGUAUGGUUGGGGGUCCACCCGGUAUGAAUCAAAUGAGCCAUCAUCAAAUGGUUGGAAUACCCUCACCCAUGGGCGGUGGAGGUGGUCCAAUGCGAUCACCUGGUUUAAUGGGACCAAUGAGCCCAAUGCAUGGAAUGGCGCCAAUGGGUUCUCCGAUGAGUUCCAGUGGUGGCGGUGUACAUUGUGGACGACCAUUAAGUGGUGGCCCAAUGGGCUCACCAAUGAAUUCUAUGGUCCCACCAAUGGGUAGUCCCAUGAAUAUUGCCCCACAAUUACAUAGUCCAAUAUCAAUGAAUAGUAAUAAUGGACCGCCUCAACAGAUGAUGCAACAUGGCGGCGGUCCAAUGGGUGGACCUGGCGGUGGAAUGUCAAAUAAUAGUCCAAUGGGUGGUAUGCAAUCAGCACAUAUGAAUAAUGGUCCAAUGCAAAUGAAUGGCCCGAAUGGUCCACAGUCAUCCAUGUGUAUGGGACCGAAUAUGAGCAAUGGACCAAUGAGUGCAGCGAAUAGUCCAUUAGGUAUGAUGCAAAAUAGUCCAUUGGGACCACGAAUGAAUAAUGGCCCAAUGAUGUCAAAUCAACCAAAUUCUAUGGGUCCCAAUGGGCCUUCAAUGAUGAAUAUGGGCGGUCCACAUAAUCAUCAUAUUGGACCUGGCGGACCGAGUCCGUCACAUCCAUCACAGCAACAAUCACAAUCCCAACAACAGCAACAACAACAACAACAACGAACCGGUGGACCAAGUCCUGGGGGCCCUAAUCAACAAUCUAUGAAUCAAAUGCGACAUCCACCAAGUAGUCCUUUAAAUAUUGGACCAAACAAUGGUGGUGGAGGAGGUGGUGGAGGGUGUCCACCAACAGUUAGCUCAGGACCCAGUUCUUUAGGACCCCCGCCACCUCCAGGAUCCAUGAAUCAAACACCAACAUCAAUUUCCACAUCGAUGGCAAUGUCUAUGAAUAACAAUAAUAAUAAUAGUGGUAAUAGUGUGGGAGUGGGGGGAGUUGGACCUCAGCAUAUGAACUGUAAUGUGAGUCAUAAUCAUAAUAGUGGGGGUGUUGGUCCUGGCCCACCGUCAGGAGGGCCUAUCAACACCCAUUUAAAUCAAAUUGGUCCAAUCACAAACACAAGUACAAUGAAUACUGUAAAUAGUGCUAGUGGGGGUGUUAUGGGUGGGAUGGGUGCACCUGGUGGACAAGGUGGUGGACCUAAUAGUGGAAUGAGUGGAAUGCCUCCAACAUCACAACAUCAAAUGAUGUUGGGUCAAAUGAGUGGUGGAGGGUCUCCACAUUGUGGACCACACGGAGGUGGUGGUCCUAUGUCAGGUCCUGGUGGGCCUAUGGGACCUGGUGGUCCUAUGGGUGGAGGUCCUGGUGGUCCUAUGAGUGGUGGACCUGGAAUGAAUCAUCAUAUGCAACAUCAUCACCAUCAUGGAGGUCCUGGAGGUGGGCCCAAUUCAAAUAUGGGACCACCACCGAAUUUCAUGAACUCAAAUCAAAUGAUGGGAGGUCCAAAUAUGAAUAGUUGUCAAGGUGGCGGACCACCUAACAUGGGUGGAGGUCCUGGCCAUCAUAUGAUGGGUGGUAUGGGACCCGGUGGUGGAAUGGGACCCGGUGGCGGAAUGGGACCCGGCGGUGGCAUGGGACCUGGUGGUCCGGGUAAUGGACCACCACCACAUAUGAUGGGUGGCGGUAUGUAUGGUUCAUCUGUAGCAAAAUCAUUAUCGGUAUCAGCUGGUAAAGUGUAUCCAGCGGAUCAGCCAAUGGUGUUUAAUCCACAAAAUCCAAAUGCACCACCCAUUUAUCCAUGUGGGGUGUGCCAUAAAGAAGUACAUGAUAACGAUCAAGCAAUAUUAUGUGAAUCUGGAUGUAAUUUUUGGUUCCAUAGGAGUUGUACGGGCUUAACGGAAGGUGCUUAUCAACUAUUAACUGCCGAAGUGUACGCAGAAUGGGUGUGCGAUAAAUGUUUAGCGUCAAAAAAUAUACCACUUGUCAAAUUUAAACCAUAGCGUUGUUGUGUUUUUAAUCCAAAAUAAGUUCGAGACAAAAGUGUGUUGUGCUGUUGAUUUGUGGCCAGAAGAAUAGCAAAGUGUUCAAGAUACAGAAAGGCGCCACACACACUUUAAACUGUGUAUAGUUUUAUUAUAUAGACUGUGUUACUGUGGGUCACAGGCGUGUAAGAUGAGGACUGUGGACUGAGAAGUGAGCACAUGGAACUAAAUUUCAAAUUGUGUGAAAUAAAUAAAAAAACGCCAUUUUAAAUAAUGCUUAGUUUUCUAACGUCUCUAAUACCGUUAAGUUUAAUUAUCGUCGAAUCAAUCAAAUCUAAACAUUAAAAAAAAAUGCUUUAAAAAAAACAAAAAUUAGGCUCUAAAAAUUUAUAUAAUUUUUUUUUUUUACAAUCAAAAUGAAGACUGAAUGAAGGGGUCGAGAAAAGGUAUAAGUUGACCGAAUAAGUGAUUUUUUUAAAAUCGAGAAUGAAUCUCAAUUUUUAUGUAGGAAUGGUUAAGGGGGGAGUUUGUUAGUAAAACAUGGGAAAAAAUUGCGUUCUUUUUCGGUAGUUUUAAUCGAAAGAGUAAUAUUGUAAAGCCAGUAAUAAAAUGACUUUUAGGUCAUUUAAAAAUAUAUAAAUGUUCCGGUUUUUCGAAUAAUUAGGUUUCUAAAAGUCACGGAUAUCCAGUAAAUAACCCGAAAUAUAUUCGAGAAAUAACUGUUUGUAUGGGGCUGCGGUCAAUCAAUAUCUCUGAAACUAUGAAUCUAAUCAUCAAAAAAACUAUAUAUUCGUAUUUUUUGGGACAAAAUUACUAAAAUGUCAGUAAUUAGGAUUCAAAAAUCACGAAUAUCUCAGUAAAUAAUCAGAAAUCGAACCCAAAAAAUAGCUGUUCCUAUCGGAUUUUUGACAAUAUAUCUGAAAUUAUGCAUCCAAUAACAAAAAAAAACAACUAUAUUUUCCUAUUUUUUGGGUCAAAAUUACGAAAAAAUCAGUAAUUUAGUUUCAUAAAUCACGAAUAUCCAGUAAAUAACUCAAAACGAUCCGAAAAAUAUCUGUUCAUACGAGAUUUUGGACAAGAUCUCUGAUACUAUGCAUCUAACCAUUAAAAAAAAAUCGUAUUUUCGUAUUUUUGGGUAAAAAUUUAUCAAUUCACGAAAUUUUAUCAAAUACGGAAACUAAAAAAGCUAAUUAAAUAGGUAAUUUUGACCCAAAAAAAUACAAAAACCGAAUACAUUUAAUAAACGGAUGCAUAAAAUACAUAAGAGGGGUACCGCAAAUGGGCCCCCCUAGCACCUAGAUAAAGGGUUCCACUGUGCCUUCCUUGAGAACAACCUAUCACUCGAAGGCGG